AUGGCUACGGCUGCGGUGCUGAGUCUCUUAGAUGAGCACACCAGACAAGCAGCGUUUGAAGGUAGUCUAGCGAAAUUGAAAGCCGCGCCGGGUGUCGACAUCAAUGCACUCGAUAUUUGCGUGCGACUAUUACCCACCGAAAGCGCCCGUCAAGACGAGAGCGAUAUUCCGCAGCAUGGUCAAUUAUGGGAUAAUUUCUUAGAUUGUUUAGUCGACGAACGGACAUCCCAAGACCUCUACGAGAUCGCUGAAAUAUGCCAUAGCCAUGGGUCAUAUGCCGCCUCCCUCCUCAGCUCUAAACUCAAUCACAGACUUUCUACUCUAGUUGAGGAUCUUUCAUCUAGCGAUCCACAUCCGGAGAGCCUCCACUGUGCGAAGGUUUAUCUCGAAUUUCUCAAGUGCUCAUUUUGGAUACCAACCGUGUAUUCACACAUGGUGGAUCCUUGGACUCUCCCUCUUCUUUCAAAUUUUAUCGGCAUCGACGGGCUCGAUGAUACGGCACACGAUACCUUGUCCGCUUUCUUUUCCUUGUUGAAGAGUAAACGAGAUGAUUCGCUCGCCCAUCUCGACAACAUCGUGGAUCAAUCAAUAUGGGAUCGACUCAAUGCGCUCGACAUGGAAUGUUUUGCUGCUCGCUCUAGCAAGAUCUACCGGACUUGGUUUCAAUGGGUCUCGCUCGCUGCGUCCGGUGGUAUCAAGUUCGAAUGUGUAAGAGACGAAGAGUACUGGCGGAAGCUCAGACUGGGUCUUGUCAAAGGCCAUGCGGAUCAGCGCAAGUACUGCCUUGGUAUCAUCCGACAGUCUUUCCUCGCUACAUCCAGCCCUAUUGACAUACCCACAAUGCGAUAUGAUGCUAGCAAAAACGACCGAGAACAAUACGAUUUGUACACGACUCUAUUCGAGACGAUCGUGCUGCAUCGGUAUUCUGGACAAGUCGAGGAUUGCCUAAAAUCCAUGACUACACUUCUUGGAUCUUCCUCGGCAACAAUUCCCUCCAAGAUUACACCCGCGAUGUCCACAACUUUACUGACUGCAGCUUUGAACCCAUUGAUUCAAGAGAGCGUUAGGAAGAUGAUCGGCGGAUGGUAUAUGGAUUUCGUCAUCGAAGUAGGUAACAUUCCCUAUCCUCUCAGUGGUCAGUACUAG